AUGGACAGAGCGUCUGCAACUGUUAGCGGGCCCCACAUCAGGUCCUCUUCGAUGAGGAGAAGGUUGCGACUUUAUCCAAAUGGCUUUGUAGAAUGGGGUGCGAAGAGGCAUCCAGCAAUGACUGCUCUCUCUUGUUCCACUUGUUCUUCUUCUACACCCACAGCCACAACCUCCGCUCUCUGUUGCCACAAGGCCCAGAGGGGAAUGUUGGGCAGAACCCUCCGGCGACCCAUUUUCUGCAGCCCUCCCCUCACCCCCACUUCUCUCUUUCUCCACCGUCCUUUCUCUCUACGGGUUACAAAUGAUUCUAACAGGACUGAAGUGUCUCCGGAUACUACAAUUGAAAUAUCUGAGGCUGACAAGAUCGUUGAUGGAAUGAGCUUUAGUGAGCUUUGCAAUGAUUUUGAGUGCAUUAGUAGCCCCUCUAUUGAAGCCACAGCAAGGCAACUAGCACGGGACAUUCUGGAGCUACGAGAAGGCAAUCGUGCUCUGGGAACCUUCUCUAUCUUUGUCAAGUACAAGGAUCCCAUCAGAACUUUUACUGGUCGAGAGAAAUACAAGAGACCCUUGUGGGUAACUGGUGCGCUAGAUAAGCCCUCUGUGCAACCUUCUUCCACCAAGACCUUGAUUCAGAAGCAAUCAGUACAAGAAAUGGUAAUGUUGUCAACGAGUUUGCUACGUAUCAAGUGGACAAUCAAAGGGAAGCCCAAGUUUUACCCUGCUAGCAUAGGCGGAGACUUGAUAGUCAGGGUGACUUCUCAGUUUACUCUAAACCAGAUAAGUGGUCAAGUGAUUGAGCACGAGGAGUUCUGGGAUUUGUCUUCCUCAUCUGCCUUUUCUCAGGCAUUUUUUUGGAUGUCUCGUCGACUAUUUGCUGCAACUGAAGCUGGAAAAGAUACAGCUGAGGUUGUUAAGGAGUUGACAAAGCUUUUCUCGAAAGAAAAAGAGAACUUAGAGAUAUAUCCAGAUCCUUCUGGUGAUCCAACAAAGUUCUUCCAAAGGGAUGACAGCUUCCGAAGGGAUACGUAUCAGAUUGCACUUUUCCUGGCCGUUGUCUAUUUUGUUGUACAGUUCUUGAGAACAACCUUGUGAAACCAAGCCUGCCCAUGUCUUCAUCUGUAACUGUUAUAAUAGCUGUUGGUUUAAUAUG